UUGACUGAUAUAUUGUUGGUGUUGCAGGUGGUGGCGCGGGAGGGCAGCAGUAGAAUGGAGGUGUUGGAUGGUCACCCAACCCCCGCCAGCCCGGACCCCAGUGACCCACAGUCACAUCUCAACAUGGGUGGUGUAAGUCCCGCAGAGGGGCCCACUCCGCCUGCCCCCCCGCCGCCGCCGCCACAACAGCAGCCACAGUCAGACGGCUACUGGAAUAUGCACCUAGAGGUGCUAAGUAAGCUGAAGGGUGAAGUGAAGGACUGGUAUGAGGGUGACUCCCUAGAUGCAGGGUUGGGGCAGGUUGGGGGUGUGAAACAGGAACAGGACCCGUAUGCACCCUACUCCCACCUCCAUCAAAGUCACCCAAUGACCCCGGAAUCCAUGCAUGGCUCUUCACUCAAUGGACCACAUAAUGGGCCACUCGGUCCUCACAAUGGACCUCAUAUGGGAUACCCUCUUCAACAACAGACCCAACCGCAACACCAACAGCACUACCAAGGUUACCAGAGUCAUCCGGGCAUGGGUGACAUAGCCCCAAUGUCCCCAGGCUACCAAGGUCAUCCAAGACACCCACAACAACACAUGGCCCAACAACACAUGGGCCAUCAUAUGGGGCAAUACCCUGACCAAACGCAUGGUCAGUAUGGUCAGUAUGGCCAAAUGGGUGGUCACAUGGGACAAGGCAUGCAAGGUCAUCCGGGUCACGAAGGCCCUCCUGGCCGUGAGGGCGAUCCUUACAGUUUCGUUGAUGAAUACAGUGGCCCACCACCCAGACCUGUUGAAGAAGUCCUUGGUCAAACUCAACCUAAAAGAAGAGGCCGCAAACCAAAACAUAUAAAACUUAUGGAAAAUGGUACGUAUUUGGGGAUGGAACGUCCAGAAAUCCAACCAAGUCCAACUGGCCCAACUGGCUCAACCGGGUCGGAUAACAGUGGUGACCCAUUAGCAAUAGCUGCUGCUCAAGCCGCCCACGAGGCCAAAAAGCGAAAGUGGAAGCAACUUGGUCCCGACGGCAAACCAGUCCUAGCGCCUAUAAAGCAAAGGAAGAAGGUCGACAGAUUUGACGGUAUUCCUGAAGAAGAAGUAACUAAGAAAACCUUACCAGAUCACCUUAGUCCCAACCUGGAUAUAGUCAUUAUUUCUAAAUUCCCAUUCCAGAUCGGAAUAAAUCCAGGUUUGUUUGCGGCAUACAAGGGACAUCAUUAUGCAGGCCCGGGGAACCACUUCUCGAGCUUCUACGAUCAAGGGAAAUGCUUGUACCUGUCAGGACUGAUCCCAGAACCACUAACGUCUGAUGAUGACUUCCGUUUGUUAGAACAUGGCAUUGGCUUCACUAAUAUUGUUGCUCGCACAACACGGGGAUCAGCAGAUUUAACGCGAAAAGAGAUAAAAGAAGGUGGACAAAUCCUACUCUCAAAACUGCAACGAUAUCAGCCUCGAAUUGCUGUCUUCAAUGGUAAAGGAAUUUAUGAAAUAUUUUCUGGAAAAAAAGAAUUUUCAUUCGGAAGACAACCGGAAAAAAUUGAAGGAACUCGCACACACGUGUGGGUGAUGCCGUCAUCGUCAGCGCGAUGUGCACAGCUUCCGAGGGCUCUUGACAAAGUCCCGUUCUAUACGGCUCUUCGAAAAUUCAGAGAUUUCCUGAAAGGUACAUUGGAUGAAUUAAACGAAGAGGAAAUUACAUUUAUUAAUGCAAAAGUAAAGAAUUUAAAAAUGGAACCUAGUGAGAAGGUGGAGCUUGGGUGCGAGGGUCCACCGGUAGACCUAUGCCGGCCGCCUGAUCCCAUGGGUUCCCCAGUGAAUGACGAGGAUAGGCUAGUUAUCAAGGAAGAAAUGGAUAUGCCUACAAAACUUGAUAUGGAGGCAGAGGAAGAUGAAAUUAGCAAAGAAAUGCCGCGAACACUUUUUAACCUAAAUGGGAUGACCAGAGAACAGCUAGAUUGUAUGGAUUGUCCCACCAUACCUAUCAGGAAGAAGCGUGGCAGACCGAAAAAGACUCCAGAUGAUCCGAAUGCCCCGCCCCGUCCUCGGCCUCGGCCUCAAAAUACAGAUCCAUUGAUGUUUAAUGGUGAGCAACCAAUAAAGAAAAAAAGAGGAAGACCAAAGAAAGUUUUAGAAGAUGGCACUAUUCCUCCACCAAAGCGACCGGGAAGGAAACCUAAAGCUCUAAAAGAAAUGUUAGCACAGCAGCAAGGGCAACAUCUUCACCAUCCGCAGCAUCUAAGUCAGCAUCCUCAAUUAAGUCAGCAGUUAGGUCAGCAGCAGCCCCCACCUCCACCUGUAGGAAUGGCACAUAUGAAUGGAAUGAUGUCCCCAACAGGGUUUAGCCCAAACCCAGGUGCUCAGACAUUCUCUCCACAAUAUGGUAGCCAUACCCCUGUUCAUGGAGGUGGUAGCCUCACCCCAAAUCACACUGGUAGCCAGACCCCUGGCCAUAAUCAGGGUCCUGGCCACAAUCAACCCCCUGUUCACACUCAGACUCCAGGCCUCAAUCAGAACCCCAACCACCCUGCAGCAAUGGUUCCAAGAGGACCAACUCCACAACAGUUUGGUCAGUCUCCAGGAUAUUCCCCUGGUCCAGCGGUCAACCCUGUCAACCCUCAACACCAGCAAAGAACAGCGACAUCUUACGGUCAACAACAAACGGAUACGCCAUCAGAUUUAAAAGUUGAUGAAGAGCACCACUUAGGUCUUUCUUCUCCUCCUGCAUCGCCCCUCAUGACGCAACCAGAUUUUGAGCCUCCUAGCAGCAUGCCAGAAGGAGACAUGUCUAUUGGUGCUUCAGACACUCAAAGUUCUGCAGCUCUCACUCCAAGUCAUCAAGAAGAUGGUAAGGCAUCUGUACCAUUAGCUACCAGGGACCAGCCCCAACUCACCCCUACAAUGCCUGGCCAAUUCUCCAACCCCACAACCCCAGUAGAUGGCAGCUCAUACCAGAAUUACCCUUCAUAUCCUUCAAACGCUUCACACUCACCAUCAAUGGUGAAACCAUCUGCUGUACACCCGGGGCAGUCACCGACGAUUGUGAGCAAGGGGGAUGUAGCAUCGAAGAGCUUAUCUGGUCUUGAGUCAUUAGUAGACCAGAUACCUAGCCUAAAUGAACAUGAAACAAGCAGCCAACAUUCUGCUCACUCAAAUUCUGCCCCUUGUUCCAAUCCUACUACCCCUGGCCCCCCUGCGGGAUCAGCCCCCUUCAGCCCUGGUCACGUUCCGCCCACCUCCACAUACCAGAGCUACCCAGGGGGAGGCAGCUCAGGAGCUUCAGCAUACCCCACCUCCCACUAUGGCUCACCUCAGUCUUCACACCCAUAUUCCCCUCACUAUAGCUCCAACAGUACAAACCUCAGUACAAAUUUCAGUGUGAGCUCACUGGCAAAUAGCAGCAUUAGUACCACUAUGUCGUAUAGUAGUGCUUAUGACCUGGGGUCACCACAAGCGUCAACUAGCUCAUUUAGUGUGUCAUCGUUGACGAGCAGUGCCCCAGCCCCUUCCCCCUCCAUGUACAGCCAGUCCUAUUCUCCUGCUCCUCCAUCUGCCCCUGGCCCACCCCCUCACUCCUCUUAUCCAGAUAUUAUGAGCCCCUCAAUGUUGGCUCCAACCCCUUCCAUGGGCUCAUCUUUUAUGGGAUCUCCCAGCCUAAUGAGUUCACCCACACCCAUGAGCUCAAGUAUGGGUGGAUCCUCCAUGGGUCCCAUGGGUGCUCUUCACUCCUCCAUGGGCAUGACAGGGUCACAACUACCAUACCCUUAUUCACAAUAUAGUGAUGCUGCACCUGGAUAUCCCCCUCCAGGGCACUCCACUUUUCCCUAUCCCCCAACAGCUCCCGGGUUUCACGUACCCUCUCCACGCUUCCCUUACCCGUCCCCUUAUGCUAACUCCCCCUAUACUCAAGGCUACUCUCAGAAUGCCGUGCUGGAGCGUAUCAAACAAACCAGUAUGGGCAUGGGCUUUGGGGGAUUUUAAGGUGCAAGGAUAGUAAUGAUAGAAGUACUCUGGUGUAGUGUACUAGCCAUGUAAAGGAAAUAGGUCUCACUGUUUCCCAUGCUCACUGUAUCGUCUCAGUGUCAGUUCCUUGUUUUAGCUUUUUUAUAUAUUUGUUACCCUUGAGCACCUGGUAAGCUCCACUUCCGUCUCCUCACUGUCAAGUGAUAAAGUGAAGGAGGUUGUGGCACUUGAGUGAUUAAUUGUAUGUAAACUGUUCUCUGUGUGUGGAGAAGGGAGUGUUUGCCAUAUAUGACAGGGUAAUAAUAAUUGCUAAGCAUUGUGAUGCACCAGAGCAGCACUCCUCCCCUCAGUGAACAGCGUCAAGUGUUGCAUCACCAUUCCUGCGUUGUGCACUAAUAAUGGCCAGUGAUCUCAUGAGCCGUGUAACAGGCCAACUGACCGAUCUGCCUUGUGGCAGAUUCACCACAGCUCACAAACGCUAGGAUCCACCUCUCUGGAUGGUCCCGUUGACCAUCCAGGAGCACAGUCCCACUGUAACAGUAAACAAGGGGACAUAAAACAAGUACUUUCUAUCAGUGAAACUGGGGACUAAGUCCUCCACAACAGUGAUUUUAGAGGCUAAAAAGCCCCACAUAACAGUGAACAAUAAAACUGGAAGGUCCUGCCAGAAGUGAACUGAGCUUACCCCCAUGUGCAUCAAUCUUUACAGACUGUGUGACAGAAACUUGUGAUGUGGAGAAGUGUGUGUGUGUGGAAGUGACAAACAAGGAGUCCCAUUUGGCUUCCACAUGGUGAUGAAAAAUAAGUGGUUUUGGUACCCAGUCCAGGAGGAUUGUGAACAAGUAUGUGUUGAGACAGUUCCUUCCAACAGAUAAUGUAAAGUAGUAUUAAGAAGCCAGACCCUUUUAUAUGGACAGCACAAUACUCUUUUGGUGCAAUAUAGUCAUCAAUCAUUCAUGCGCACAGUGUUGACAGAUGUUUUUGAAAUUAUAUUAACACACUUGUUUAUAUCUACCACCCAUAUUUGCAGUUUAAUGAUUUGUAGUAAAAAACCCCCCAGAACAAAAUUGUCACAGACUAUUUGAUACAGUUUGUUAAGCCAUGAAUAUUUCAAGGGUACUAUCUACUUCACAGUAGACACAUGUUUUGGAGAUAUAAUGAGGAAAGGCACUUUUGCUGGUCGACACCUGUUCAAUUGCAGUACAUAAACUUAGCUGACCAAUCAUACAAGUUCAUUUUGUUUUGUUGUCAUCUAAUUUUCCUUGCACUGCCUGAAUAUAUAGAUGCAGCUCAUGUUGCUAUAUAAUAAUCGAGGCUGUAGGAACUGUGUAAUUAUGUGAGGUUAGGUGUUGGUAACAUUUGCAUUGUGUGUAGACUGUCAAAAGUACAUUCCCUUAAUAUAUCUCUUAAGAAUCUCAUUACACUAGUUUCAAGGACUUCUGAUUGCUCAUAUAUAAUACUGACUAUGUUGGGUUAAUUUAAUAAUGACAAAUAAUUCUUGACAUAAUUAUCAAUGCCAUGGCUUUGCAUCUGGCGUCUGUAUCCAACUAUUGAUUGAUACGUAACUCUUGUAUCCAACUGUUUGAAACCUGGUGUCUGCCCGCAAGCAGUAGACAGUCAGGGUUGUGGUGUCGAGCUGUGUUAAGGAGCAUCAAAUUGCAGUAGUUAAUUGGCUAAUAUUUCCCACCAUGUUUAACUCAAGUUAAGGCUAUAAUUUACUUAUAUAAAUUCAUGUGUGGUACAAAUAAUAUAUCUAAUGUUGAAUAUUUUGGGAAAUCUGUAAAAAAAAUAAAAAUAAUCAGUUUAUAUAAUAUAUACUGUAUAUGAUAAUUUAAGUAAAAUUUGACAUGAUGAAGAUAAUAGAGAUAUAUGUCAGCACAGUCUAGAAGCUGAGUAGUGGUCUGUGUUAUUAUCGUGGGGGGGACACAUACACCUUAGUCAGGUACAGGGCAGGUUGUACAGUAUAGUUUCUUAUGGCUCUGUAAGUUUCCUCUGCCAUGUUUAACAGUCUUUUAUCUGGUACAAUGACACUUUCAGCAGGGAAAUGAAUGGUUGUAUUCUGAAUGUCAAGACUGUGUGUGUGUGUGGGGGGGGAGGGAAGGCGUGUUUGACUUACGUGUGGGUGGGUUGUUGUUGUGGGCCUUUUUAGAGGGUUGGAAUGGUUGUAUUAAUGUUGGUUGUAUGUAUGAUCUUUGUUAUCUACAAGAAUAUAUAUUGUUAGAUGUUUAAUUGGUUGAUAAACCAGUUGUAAAUCUGUAUUACCUGUCAUUUUGAGGGGAACAGAGGCAAAGACUCAAAUAAUUUAUAUGUAAUGAAUAGUUUUGCCAAGUAAAUUUAUCGAAUAAAAGGAUAAUGGGAUCCUUUUAACCCAGAUACUUUUUUCCAGAGGUAACUUUUUUAUGCAUUUUUGCUUUGUUGAUGUGUAUGUUGUUAAGGGGAUAUAUUUGUUUUAUUACUGAAGAUUCUCUGUAGCAGUUCACAGAUUGUGCUGACAUUAUUCCACAAUAGCUCAGGCUGGAAACUAGAAAACCCUACUGGUGCAGUUGAGGCAGCUAAAAAUACACUAAAGAUGUUUCCCCAGACUGCUAACUGGACCGACGGGUGGAGGUGAGAGUCUCGUGUGAGCUCCCCCCAACGUGGUCACUGGCAGCUUGGCCACCACCAACACUGCUUCAGUUUUCCCAUGACCCUGACAAACAUAUCAGACCACCUGCUUGAUGGCAAACAUUAUUACUGUUUUUAGGAGAAAUUAAAAUCAAAACGAUUGUAAUCUAUGCAAGUUAUAAUGUUUUGGCAUAAAUGUUUUCGCCUCAAUAAUGUGUAAAAGUCAAUAGCUCAUCCACACUUCAGAUCAUGAUGACCGUGAAUACAUUUUCAGCUGUGGCUCUUUUUUUUUGACUUACUAAGCAAUAAGACGAGAGGAUCAGUAGUAGUGUGCAUACUUUAGUGUUGACAACCCCUGUAGGUGUGGUUGGUGUGUAGGGUCAGUGGUGCAAGGUGCUAAUCUUGGCAGCCUCACCACCCCCUGUCUUUCUCCCUCGGCUACCAGGUACCAUAUCUGUAACUUUGCCACCACCACAGGUGUCACUUUUGAAUGGUGGUUAUUGUGUGCACAAGGUGCCACUGGUGCACAUGUAUGAUUGUGUAUAUUAUGAGUGUAUUAUAGGUGUGUCAUGGGUGUGGUGGUGUAGUAUAGGGUGUGUACCAGGAUACCGUGGGAAGGGUCCGGUGUGCCGCAUGAUCUCAUUGUUAAUGUGUUGUCCCCCCAUGGCUCAAGGCCCCCCUUCCCUCUCCCAGUCUUUCCUGUGGUGCCUGUGGUGGUGGUGGUAGUGACAGUGGUGUUGGUGAGCUAAUGUCAGUAGUGGUGAUGGUGGUGGUGGCAGCGUUAUAUCACUACCAUCACCAUUUAUGGAUAGUUCACCUCCCUUUCCUCUCAGCUGGCGGUCUCACCCAACCUCUCCCGGUACCUAACGUGUCUUGUUCCAGUCUUUUCUAUAUUAGAAAUGUUCUUAUGUUAUCAUUAAUGUGCUUUAUUUAUUCUCACUUUAAUUUUUUGUUGAUACACUUUUAGAUAGUGUAGCUACGUUUUUCACCCUCGGCUAGGGUCGGGGGUGCAAGCGCUGUCACUGGUGACGUGUGUGGCACCGUAUUCCAUCCAUGACUAGUUUACCUCACGUUCCUCUCCGUAUUUAUAGCUUAUAUUUUGAGAGCAUUUUGUGUGUAUAUAGCUUUUCUCUUUCACCUUCUAAUGCAAUUCCCUCUUACAGAGGUGGUGUGAAUCUCACGCCCUGUCCCUCACCCUCCCCGUCCCCCCUUCCCUUAACAGCUUCCCAUGACCAUAGGCUCGUGGCCAGCUUCUUCACACUUUGCUAUCUUUUUUUUCUUCUUGUUUUGUAUAAAGUGAAAACAGUAGGUUUAGGCUUCCCCCUAGGUGGUGCUCUGAGCUACCCAGGACUUACUGAGAGUUUUGUACCAGCCUGUGUUUGACGUCAGUGCAGUCUUCAGUUUGUGUAUGAUGAGAAUAAUGAGGAUAGUCGUGUGUUGCUCUGAAGGUAGGCAGGUAUCCAUGUGGGUAGAGUACAUAAAUAAGUUUUGUAAUUUAUACCAGAUGUUUCAUAUAUUUUUAAAAUAUUUAUUGCCGUUACUGCACUUUUUCCGUUAUGGGCACGGAAGGUCUCUCUGCUUCUCGCUGUUGAGCUUUAAUGAAUCCAUUGUUGCAGCCAUGAGUGGUAUGGGCAAGUGGCCUGUUGAGGCACUUUGCCCACUCCUGCAUCUCCAUGCCCACACAUGCCCCAUUCUGUCACAAGUAGGUUGCCAUGUCUGCCGCCUGCCUGCCUGCCAGCAGUAUGGCAACCUCAUGCCCUGGGAUGCUUCUACUCAACUCUUUUGGUAUUGUUUUAAAUACCAGGUGUGUCAAUAAUAAGCAUUGUUAUAGGUGUGGACAUGGAGGUGGUGCUGGUGUGUGUGACUGGUGGUGUGGAUGUGACCUGCUGGCCUACCUACAGGUCACUCCUCAUCUACACAGGUCACUGGUCGCCCCUCAUUCAUUGCUCUGGGCCGGCGCCCCUCCCCCCUGGGCAGCCAUCCCCCCACUCCCCCCCCUCUCGCAACUGAUACCUGUGUUUUUAUUUGAAAAGUCUGUACAGUUCUUGUGUAAUGACUAGAAAUAUUACUGAUGAUAAUAAAUAAUAUACAUGUGUUGUGAUUUCUCAAACAAAAUAAAUAGUGUGAAUUGUGUUCCUAA